UCCGCGGGGCGGGGACGAGCUGUGCCGGAGCCGAGGUGCGGGGCGGAGACGAGCGGUGCCGGUGCCGCUAUCCGGAGCUGUGCCGGUGCCGGUCGGCGGGGCGGACCCAGUGCCGGGCAGCGCCGUAGCCGGUCCCCGGGGCGACGCGCCCCUAUGAGCCUGUGAGGCCGCAGCGGUGCGGGAGGGAUGGCGGCGGGCGGCGGCGGAGGGCGGCCGCCGGGCCCCGACCCCGCGCUGGAGCCCUACGUGCAGACCCGCAUCUUCAAAAUCAUCGUGAUCGGAGACUCCAACGUGGGUAAGACGUGCCUGACCUUCCGCUUCUGCGGGGGCACCUUCCCCGGCAAGACCGAGGCCACCAUCGGCGUGGAUUUCCGCGAGAAGACGGUGGAGAUCGAGGGGGAGCGCAUCAAGGUGCAAGUGUGGGACACAGCUGGCCAGGAGAGGUUUCGGAAGAGCAUGGUGGAGCACUACUACCGCAACGUGCACGCCGUGGUCUUCGUGUAUGACGUGACCAAGAUGAGCUCCUUCACCAACCUCAAGACGUGGAUCGAGGAGUGCAACGGGCACGCGGUGCCCCCGCUCGUCCCCAGGGUGCUCGUGGGGAACAAGUGUGACUUGAAGGACCUGAUCCAGGUGCCAUCCAGCCUGGCCCUCAAGUUCGCCGACGCUCACAACAUGCUUUUGUUUGAGACCUCGGCCAAGGACCCACAGGAAAGCCAGAACGUGGACGCGAUUUUCAUGUGCCUGGUGUGCCGGCUGAAGGCGCAGCGCUCGCUGCCCUGCCGGGACACGGAGGGCUGGCCGGCGCAGCCCCAGCAGCAGCCCCGGCGGCUGGACGAGGCCAGCGGGAAGGGCUCCUGCCCGUGCUGAGCGGGACCCGCCCGGACCCCAAUAAAGGCUCUG